UUCUUAUUUCUUAAUACGAACUGAUAUUAUUGUAUUCUUAGCGGUGCAUUUUAAAGUUUUAAACUUCAUUACUUCAGUAUUUUAGCUUUAUUCGUUAUUCACCGUUCAAUACUUCUAUUUUAAGAGAAGCUACUCUUUUGUAUCAGACUUGAUUCGAGAUUUCAGGUUGAUUUUCGGUAUAARGUYGAAGAUUUUUAAAAUAGUAUAACAAUGACUUUUGAUACAUCUUGGGAUGUGAAUAAAUACAAAUCAGAACAUGAGUAUGAAGAUCAUUGGCAAUUUAGGCGUCAGUUUUUAGUUGCUCAUCAAGAUAAAUUCCCUGAAGAUCGAUUAGUGUGUUUAGCCCAGGUGUUUUUCAAUAUUGAAUUUUUGGGAUGCCAGUACCCAAAAAAAGUCAUGGACCUUAUUGAAAAACUAUCUGAAGGUUUAGCGGAUGACUUAAGAGAAAAACGUAAAGGAAAAUUACAAAGAACCUUUGUUGCUGCCUCAGAUGCUGCUGAAGCUAAAGCUAAACGCUGUAAGUAGAAA